UUAGUGUUAUACCAGAUCUCAAUCGUUCGAAAUGCGUCUAUUCCUAAUUCUUCUUUUUGUUUCUGUAACUCUGGGUAAUAAGAAAGCCCUACUUUGCAUCAAAGAUUGCCCAAUAGAUGUAUUUGACGUAUCGUGUUCCUUUGACAAAUUCUGUUACUUUGAAGCAGAAAACAAAUGCCACGUUGAAAUUGAGAAAUGCAUGAGAAGAGCCUAUAAUAAACCAGCUUUUGUUAAAAAGAAGACAGGAUAUUGCUUAAAGGAGAACUAUCCAAGGCGAGCGAAACCUUGCAUUCCAAUGAUUACAUCCAGUGUACUACCAGUAAAAAAUGACUUUGACCAAAGGUACAAUCAAAAACUUUUCGCUACGGGUUAGUGAUUAUUGUAUUAAUUGGUUCACGACCAAAAUAAUUUAGAUAUGGUAAAUAAAGAAGACUUAUUUAGAUCGUUAUGCCUUUAAAAUGCAUAAAACCCUAACAAAUUUCGUCUCUAAAAAUAUUGAAAAAAUAUCAGUUCAAGUAGCUGCCUUGGAAAUGAAGUUAUUUAUUAUUUCUUUACUGGCUUUUAUGCUAGUCGGUUUUGGAUGGGGUAAGAAUUGCAAAAAGACUUGCGGACCUUGCAUCUUGCCCACCUGCAACUUUGAUGGAAAGUGCUACUUUGAGGGAUCCAGCUCUUGUCUCCUGGAAAACGAAAAGUGCCGACGAAAGAUGAAAAAACUUCCACCAUUUAUAAAAACAGAAGCGGGAUUCUGCGAGGAAGGUGUUAAGAAAUGUAAAUAUUAAAACAAAACGAUUUACAUUUUUAUAAUAUCCUAAUUUACCCGUGAAUUAAAAUGCUACCAAAAAUA